GUGUGUCCAUAUAAAAAUAUAUAUCAAAAUCUCACUUGUGUCCAUAUAAAAUUUUACCCAUGUCGCCGGCAAGGUUGCGGAUCUCACAACCACGAACUAAGCAGAUCGUCCUGAGAUGACUGCCCAUCAACACAAGGUCGUUUCAAGUCACGAAACCACGGUGGUAAAGGUAAAGGAAGGAGGGAAGACAAACAGCGAGGAAGAAGAAGAAGAAAAGGACGGAAAUCGGCGUUGGAAACGACGAACGGAGGAGAGAGAAACAUCGCGCACGGAAUCAGGCGAAGAAGAAAGGAUCCAUCGGAAUCAGGCGAAGAAGAAAGGAUCCAUCGGAAUCAGGCGAAGAAGAAAGGAUCCAUCGGAAUCAGGCGAAGAAGAAAGGAUCCAUCGGAAUCAGGUAGACUCGAACCAAAUACGCUACCCCCAAGUCCAGCGGCCCAAACACCCUCAGCAGCCUAGUCCCGAGGCCCGACUCACUCUGCAACCCGAGCCGCGUACGACCCGGGUCCGCUGUGCAAACUCAAGAACCUGAGUCCAAACCCACCUUCAAACCCGAGGCCCAAGUCUGGCUCGACCUAAAACCCAAAAAUCAGCCCAAUAGCACCAAACUCAUCCGCGAGCCAACCCGAAGCGGAACUUCGACCCGCGCCUCAACCUGAGACGCCUACGCUGUCGUGGCCCUCUUAUAUGCCACCACGUGUCAAGCCGUGGCGCCAGGAGCCCUUCAACUUGAGCGGCUUGGACCGCGCGACAACUCUCCGGCGGCUUCCCGACGACGUUCCUGCGACGCUUCAACGACUCUCCGAUGACUCUCCUGGCGACUCCUCGGCUUACCAUUUUUAGCCCAAUUUCCACCAUUCUGACCCUCCUAGACCUGUUUUCGGCUCCGAUUAAGGUGUUUUCGGCUCCGAUUAAGGAAAUUUAGGCAGUUUUAGAGCUGUAUUUUAUAUUUUUAGUUGGAUUAUUAAUUAAAUGUGAAAUACUAACGAAAGGUGACGAACAAUAGAUAGAAAGCGAACCCCGACAACCUUUGGAGCAGCUUUCAAGGAACGGAAGUUUACGUUUAGCUAAUUAGGGAGUACUUUGGUUAAGACAAUCAAGUAAGUGGUCUUACCAUAGGAUAGACUAAAAUUGUUUGCAUUACCGUCUUAUUUACGAGCAUGAUGAUGUAUGAUGUUUAUGAUGAUGUAUGAGUAUGAUAAUAUAUGAUGUUUAUGACGAUGUAUGAGUAUGAUACUUGAGCUAUGAUGCAUGUUAUAUGUACGUGAUUUAUGUUUUGAUGCAUGACAUACAUAUGAUGUUUGAUGUAAUUGAUGGCUUAUUGAUGAGUAUCAUGUUGUAGGCCGGUUUCUUUAAUAUGAUGAUGUUUUCCAUAUUGAGCAUGCUAUAUGAU